AUGGAUGGUUAUGAUGAGAUCCUUAGAAGAAGACUUGAGGAGAGUAGUAAAAUGGUAGAAAGAGUUGGGGUUGAUCAAGAGGAAGCCCGAAAUGAUGUGCACGCUAAGGUACAUGGACAUAGAGAUGAGGAGUAUUAUAAGGAAAGUAUUCCUAAGAGGCCGAUGCAAUUGCUAGAGCUCCACAGUGCCAUAAAUGCAGAAAACAUCAUUAAGGGCAGUGCUGGAUUUGCUUCAAAUGCAACAAGUCACCAGAUAGAUGCUUUGUUUGAUUCUGGUGCCACACACUCUUUUAUAUCUGAUGAUUAUGCUAAGAGACUAAAAUUGCAAGUGCUUGAAAUGCCAUUUUCCAUAAAUGUGUCUGCACCGGCUAGUGCUUCUAUGAGGACCAGUUGGGCUUGUUUGAAACUAGAAUUGAAGUUUGGUGAUAGAGUUUCUAUUAUUGACUUAAUCUACUUACCUUUGAGUGGCAUUGAUGUGAUAAUAAGGAUGGAUUGGUUGUUUGACAAUGGUACAACACUCGACUAUAAUAGAAAGAUAGUUUCCCUACUGGUUUACAUAGUGACAGCUGUUAACCUUGAACCUUUCAAGUCAUUAUCAGUAGUAGACUAUGAGACUCGUAAGUUCUUGUCAGCCCUACAAGUAGAGAAGUCAGUGAAAAAGGGUUAUCAGGCUUUCAUAAUCUACUAUUCUACACAUGAAGUGUGUGAUGGGGGAAUUGAUAGAAUUGGUGUAAUGAAUGAGUUCCCAAAGGUGUUUGAUGAUCGAAUAUUAAGAUUGCCACUAGAAAGAGAGAUUAAAUUCUUGAUUGAUUUAGUAUCCGGUAUCGAGCUAAUUUCUAAGGCUCUAUAUCGUAUGGCUUCUACAGAAUUGGAAGAAUUGAAAAAUUAG